GACUUACAGGAUCUCAUCAACCAUGUUGCCCUGCCACCUCAGCUGCCUCAGAGCGAAGAGCCUGACCCGUCCAGGAUCAACGGCAAUCUUAUGAAACUCCUGCAAGAUGUCGCCGAAACCUUCGAUCUCCGCACCUGCGCUGCCUGGGCCUCUGUUUCCAAGAUGCUUUCAGCACUCGACAAGACCGAACAGGCAAAAGCUCUGAACGAUGUUUCGCUCCGCGCUGAUCUGAAGGCUCUGAAAUCUGGCGACUGUUUCGCACUUCACCUUCCGUUGCACAACUCGGCUCUCUUAUUCCUACGCAAGGACAUACAGACCAUUGUCGUCGAAGCCUUCGAGCUCUCCGCUUCGAACGAGAAGGUCAUGAGCACACAAGGCCGCUUGACUAGAGACUUCCCUGGUCGUGCAGUCACUUGUUCCUCUGACAAGUUCUUCGAUACAUAUCUCCAAAUCGAGUUACACACUGCACUUGAUCGGCUCAGGCUCGAAGGUCCACCAAAGUCUUAUCAGCCUCGGACUGUCCGCUCCGGUCAUGCUGUGCACGAAACAAGAGACACCAUGCUUCCUGGAUUCGUGAACGACUACCUGAUGACGAUCCUCAGUGUAGUUGGAAAGAAUCACGCUUCGGUCACUAGUCGGAAGAACACUCGUGAUGACGUCCUCUGGAACGACACGAAACUUUGCUGGCGGAGGCAACCCUUCUGGCUUCUCUGCAAAGUUGCGGUCCUGCGUACACUUUCGCUCAUGUUGCCGCCAGAGGAAGCUCAAGAGCAAUACAAGCUCUUCAUGCUCGAUGUCGUAGCUCGUCUUCUGAAACUUUAUUGCCAGAUGUCUGCAGAUCCUCACAUGCUUUCUGUCGUACACGCUAAGCUUGCACGACGUGCUUUGAAGUUUGAGCAGAAGUAUGGCAGACCGCCCAGCGCUCAUAUCCUAGCGAUAUCAAGCAAUGCUCGAACAACUCUGGAAAAGAUCUGGUCACAGCACACCGGCAAGAUUGACACCGGCAAGAUUGGGAGCAUUGAAAAGGUUGCUGUGCGGACUUGGACAGACGCCACCCUUCUAGCUCUGCCUAGAGUUAGGGAACAAUUGACUCGAGUGCUCUCUCCCCCGGAUUGUGUGAGGACCACACGCAAGUUUACUCCGGACUCACAACCGCGCUGCUCCCAGGACCCAAGUGUGCUUCCGUCACUCAUGCCCUCCUCGGACAAGUUUUCAUUGACCGAGCUUGUGGAUGUCGAGACCUGGGUGGAGCACAACCUUGCCUCAUGGACCAAAUUUGCCUUGAGCAAAGAAAUCGAUGCACCUUGCGACAAGCUGGAGAGACUGAUAAGAACUUACUGGUUGCGAGCGUCCAUACGGUAUAAGGGCAUCCCGACCGCACUGUCGUAUGCCUUGCUCGUGAUUCUCGAACUCUGGGUUGCGCUCGACAAGAUCUGUAUCUUACAGAUACCCUUGAUGGCGGAAUACUCUCCAACACUAUCAGCUACCGUUGUGCAAUGCCUUCUGCUUUCCAAAUCACACCAGAUGCAACGCCUUUAUGCUGUAGAGUCGUACAUCAAAGCACGUCAGUCGCAAGCAGCGCUUUCCCAGCCAAGCGUGUUUGCAGAACCUACGCAAGACAGUCUGUGCGUCCGAUACUAUGAUAGCUCUCCACCGCUCCAGAAUCUUCGUGCAAAGAUCGAUAAGCAUGAUGAAGAGGAGAAAGCAAAGAAGGCUUUGGAGUUAGCUACAGCCAUGGAUUGUUACAAUAAACUCAUGGCCGAUGCUAAGGCGCUUGAAUGCAGUCACUACAACGAUCGUCGGGGCGCAAGACACCACAGUCCCGGCUGCGUCAAAUGUCAGAAAGAAUCUCAAGCAGCUGCGAAGCGAAUCAAGUACGUCGAGAAGUCCCUACCAGAGGAUAUCGUACAGCUCAAGGCUGCCAUAUUCGAGAUACAAGUCCCUGUCGAAUUCGCUGCUUGGAGAGACGCCACUUGGUUUAUUCUCAACGACGUUGGGCAACGUAAAGCCAGCACUGGCGUGCCCGCACACGUCACGGUACUAAGCUAUGCUCAGUUGAAGCCUUAUGCCAUUCGCAAGACGAUGCGCGUCACUCUUGGGUCCUAUACGAAGCCUACAGCCUCUAUCGCUCACUAUGAGUACAAAGCUCUUCCCACCUCAAUGCGAGAGCUAUGUGUUCCCAACAAUCUCAAGUAUAAGGUUCGCGAUACAUCGGCAACCAGAUGGGUGGAAUGGUCUGGCGCCGCACUCAACUUCAGACCCUAUUGUACUCUCUCUCUGCCCCCUGGGGCAUACUCGAGUCUCGAUUGGGCUAUGCGUACUAGCGAGCACUCCACUAAUGAGGUCUUGUCACGGCAAAACGAAUGUGACGUUCGCCUUGAAAAGAAUGAGUAUCUUGCUUUUGGCAACCUUCGAGCUGGAGAGCGGAUCCAAUGGAUUAACAUUCUACGUGAACUGGGCUGUACAAAUCUCGAUUUCACACAUCCUGCUGUGGCUACUCUUGUCCUGCAGGCAGUUUGGGAGGCGGGCACCCCCUCGAACAACGUUCUCCGAAAUGCACAUGCUGAGUUUGCCAAUCCUACGUUCUGUGCACGGCUUCUGUCGCUGCUUCGAAGCAAGUUGGUAUCUGUCGAAAACAACUGGGACAGACAAUACAGUAUGAUGGUUGUGAUUCAGCUUACUCUUCGUCUACUGUCUUUGGCUUCCGACAGUGAGACAGAGUCAGGCUGUCUCCAGCUUCUGCACAAAGCAAGAAGCAUCACGCUAGACUGGUGCCACCAGAUCGAGUUGCACAUCCAUCAAGCAUCAGGUGAGAAGCAGAUCCAGAACGAAGGCGUCCAGCGUGUGCUCCUUGCUGCUUUGCUGUGUUACAGCACAUUCGAUGUUGAAGAUCAGCACAUCCGCCAGCUUCUCGACUCUGAUGAAGACCUUGCCAUUGUGGUCGAGGCGCAGUCUAUAGUUUGUGAUAAUACGCCGGGAAACAUUGUGUCUCUCGCUCUGUUGGUCCAGCAAAGUCUGAUCCAUCACCUCAAGAUCGCUCACAAACUCGAGCCUCAUAUUCGUGUCAUUCUCCAACGUCAUGGCACCGGCCUCACCUCCGCCGUACGGAAGGUCUGGAAUGGCGCAUGCUUGGGGUCUACUUGGACCAUCUCAUCGAAUAGCUCUUGGGUUUGGAACAACACGGUCCCUGGUAACUCAGGCCGGAGUCAACAAGUUCACUAUAACCUUCUUCGCGGCAACUUGCUUGUGGACGGGAAGUCAAUCGGCAAGGUUCCUGACAGCAUCAAGAACAACAAUCUGUUUUCGCAGUUAUUCGGUGGUUCUGUGCUUCGGAUUUUCGCGUCUGAUAUACCUGGCAUGGACUGUCGGAUAUCACAGCACAUAGAAGGCAACGAAGUCCAUCUUGGGAUGCGAGAUGGUAAACUUAUCGUCAAGGCUCGCCUCAACGGCCAGAUGUUCGUCGCGAUCCCUCAAAAGACGUUCAACGAGGCGUUACCUAUUCAUUUCGUCGAGUAUUUCCACCAUUGGAUGAAUGAGAGCACUGGCGAGAUCGAGUUUCGACCCCUCGACCAGCCUUGGCACACAGAUGAGGCCAAUUGGAAAAUGCAUUUCUCAAGUAUAGACUUUGGCACCGCACAAGCCACGCUCCAACAGGGCUCGAAAUGUCUCAUAGAUGUCCACAAUACUGUGGGAAGAACAGUCACGGCUGUCUUUCGUGCGCUCGAUACGCCCACGCAUUGUCAUAUCACAUUCAACAAACUUGAGCAGUCGCAGCUCGAAGUUGAUCUAUCGAGAUAUAACCUGCACUUUACCGUUUCUAACAAGGGGCAAACUAAGUCCCUCGAGUUCAACGCUCUAGUUGACGCUGACCAGGAGAUCAAUACCUUGAUAGGUUUACAGAACAAGCUUGUCCUUCGCAGCGACGCUCCGUCUGGAUGUCCACAAGAGCGUCAAAUUAUUAUACCGCUUGGGCCUGUCAAGUUCCAAAAGACAAACAAUCAUGUGAUAGUGACCAUUGGCGAUUGCACAGAAACCAAGCGACGCCACUUCGUCUACAGACUGAAUCGACAUCUUCGCAAGCUCCAAGGCGCUCAAGACCUGCUCGGUCAUCUGUACCUGGCCUAUCUGCAUGCAGUCACGUCAUUUUGUCUUCCUGACCCUUUCACAAGGGUGUCUGGCACCGAAGAGGCUCUCACGAUACUAAGCAGCGCCUCUAUCUUUACCUCCUCUGCAUUACAACCAAAUGAAGUAGCACUGUUGGAAAAGAUCUCGGCACUGACGCCUAAGCGCGAAUUCUACCCACCACAUCUCAGGGUCAUGCAGAACGUUUCGUGGGAUCCCAAUCUUCCGGCCCUAGCCCAACAUGACGAUUUCUCGCUGGCUGUUCAAUCAAUUGUAGAUCAUCAUGCUAAGUUCGAACUCGCAUGCGGUUUGCAAAACACCAGUCUCGAAGGCGUAGAUCGCGGAGAUCCUCAUCUGCUCGAACGAGCUCGAAAGCGGAACUCUGUCGUCGUGCGAGCUGGUAUUGUUACCCCUGUGAUCUUGUCUGGAGGGGACGACCUGUCUUACGGUGGCCGCGACAAGUUCAACAAGAAUCCACAGGCACUUCGAGUGCAUGAUAUUGCGGCUCUGGUGAAAGAAUGGCCUUCUAAGACUCCUGUCCAUACGGACCUCGAGGCCGUUCUCAAGAAAUGGGGCAAGGUCUCUGGUUACCAUACUCCUUUCGACCACGGGAGAUUUUCCAUGCACGAUCUGACCACUCUAAAUCUUUCAAACCACUGGGGAUCUCUCUACGAGAUGUGUCAAAAGGCUAUAAAAAGUUCCAUGACAUACCCGCUCAUGUUCACAUUUUCUGCUCUGAUCUUUGGAAAGGAACCUUCCAACGACCUGCGUGGAGACCUGUGUGACCUCUACACACUUCUCGCAUUCGCGAUGUCUCCUACUUUCAAUUGUGAAGAUCCGCCGCUGCAUCACUGCUCAUACGACUUGUCCAUUGGCUCUUCAGCAGACUUCAAUAGCAUCAGCAAGAUCGUUGGUGCACACGUAUCCCAGCCAAACAUAGGAUUUUUCGCCUUCGAGCAGCGAAAAACUUGGAAUGCGAAGAGAGAUGCCCAGAUUGAGCGGGUGACCGAAUUCGUAUUGCAGCAGUGGCCAUCUGAAAGUAUAACACCUCCCCCCGGCAAUUAUCCCGACAUUCAGAUGGCUCAAUCAAUAGCAGCAUGCCAAGCCAGAUUUUUAGAAUGGCAUAAGAACAGGCACUUCUUGAAUCAUAUCGCAUCUGUCAACAAAAAGCUCAGGCCUCUGAAUCGCUCUCGAGCACCGUAUGCUUGGCUGGGCGACGAUAUUGUGGUUCAACCGUUGGCCGUCAACUCGGGUUCUUCUUCGCUUUCCUGGUCGAAUGACUUCGUGGCUAAGGAGCGAAAGAAUCUUGCUACUUUGGACAAGCUUGUGACGAUCAUGUCCUCUAUGGACGGAGAAACGCGUGAGAGGUAUGCAUCUAUCUUGCGCUCGAGCACGGCUGUCUUCCGUCAGCUCAAGCAUGUACCAGGCUACCAGCGGCCACCGUUCAGUGUCAAAGCAUUUCGCGAUCACCGUCUAGAGCUCGCUCGUUUGGUCGACGUUCAGUUCCAAGACAUCCGCCAGAAGCUGGGCCCAUCAAGUUCUGCGGAGGUCAUGCUGGACGAUGCGGAUUUGUGGCCACGCACUUCUGAGUCAGCUGUUCUUUGUAAUCUCACAAAUGCUGGAGCCACGAAGUUGGCCGCUCCCUGGAAGACUAUCUUGUUAGCAUUUGCUGAGAGACUUGCGUCUCUGCAACGUGCCGAGCGUAUGCUGAAGUCAGCCAAGCUUGCAGACUACCGAAACCUCUGCAGAGAGCUUGAAACGCCUGGUAGAGAAGGAUGGUCUCCUCACGAACAGCCUAGCUGGCUUCUAUUAGAAAUCGAGAACAAUAUCACCAUUCGUCCAUUGCAAGCCAAGGUCGCCAAGGAGAUGAUGUGUCCAACCUCGGGUGUUAACUCGGUCAUGCAGUUGAACAUGGGUGAAGGCAAAUCUUCGGUCAUCGUACCAAUGCUUGCUACAGCUUUGGCUGAUGGGGAUCAUCUGGUGCGCAUAGUUGUUCUCAAAUCACUUCUGCGUCAGACAGAACAAGUCCUUAUGCAACGCCUGGGUGGACUGUUGGGACAUCGCAUCUGCCAUGUUCCUUUCUCUCGGAAGACUACCAUCAACAACAGUACCAUCAGGGGUGUAUCAGAGAUCGCCGAUGGUUGUCGUACACACCGAGGAAUCAUGAUAGUCUUACCUGAAGAGAUUCUCUCGAUGAAGCUCAUGUCCCGGGAGAAGAUAGUCUCCGAAAGUGUCUUGGCCUCUUCAAUUUUGGACCUACAGCACUUCCUGAAGACACACUGUCGUGACGUGAUCGACGAGAGCGACGAGAUUCUUGGCAUACGCUCUCAGCUUAUCUACCCUGUCGGAAGUCAGCACAUGUUGGACGGCAAGAGCGACAGAUGGAUUAUUGCGCAAGGUGUGCUUCGCCAGGUCAAGCAGCAUGUUAUAACCCUUGCGGAACGAUUUCCUUCACAGCUCAAUGCACACAUGGGCAGCAAGUCCUUCCCAGAUAUCAAGUUCCUGGAUCCUGGGGUCUUUGAGAAACUCCCAGACUUGCUUAUUGAUGAUGCCAUCGAGGGACGGAUUGCCAGUGUAUCGCUGCACUAUCUUUCGGUCGAGUCUAAAGUUGCUAUUCGGAACUUCAUCAAAAUUCGCAAAGUCUCUAAGCAAGAUCUUGCCACUCUUUCUCGUAGUUGCAUGGAAGCAUCGCACUGGAAGAUUGUUCUCCUUCUCCGAGGAUAUUUUGCCCGCGAUAUAUUGUCCUUUGUGUUACAGCGUAAGCGAUGGCUGGUCGAGUACGGUCUUGACUCGACACGAUGCUUGAUGGCCGUACCAUAUCGUGCCAAAGGUGUGCCAACCCAGAACUCAGAGUUUGGGCAUCCGGACGUUGGUGUGCUGUUGACAUGCUUAAGUUACUACUACACUGGCUUGAGUAUGACACAGGUCGAGGACUGUUUCAAGAUCUUGCUCAAGAAUCCUGAUGCUCAGGACGUUUACACCGGCUGGGCAUUGGCAAGUGGCCUUCCUGCUGAUCUUUCUUCACUGGAUUCCAUCAAUUUGGACGAUCGCAUUCUUUGCAAUAACUCACUUUUUCCCAGAAUGCAAUACAAUCUCGAGUGCAUAGACUUCUUCCUCAAUCAGGUAGUCUUUCCUAAGGAGGGCAAGGAGUUCGCCAAACGAUUAUCGGCGUCUGGCUGGGACAUCCCCUCAAUUUCCAAAUCACAGAAUCUGCUUACGACAGGCUUCAGUGGGACGAACGACAGCCGCAUCAUACUGCCUCACUCGAUUGAGCAGCAGGAUCUCGAUGAACUGCAACACACCAAUGCCAUGAUGCUGGAUCUCCUUCUUCGCCCUGAGAACCAAGAAUACAUCCAUGGAGGCGGUGCUAUGGGGAAGAACCUUUCCGUCACCGAGCUACUGUCUUUGCUAUCAAAACAGAUUCCAGCUCUGAACGUACUCAUUGACGUCGGUGCCCAGGUCCUUGAAGCCACAAAUCACCAGUUUGCGCGACAAUGGCUCCAAUGUAGAGGCGACGCAAAAGCCGCGAUCUACUUCGACGAUCAAGACGAACCCAUGGCUCUAGAUCGCAGCAACAUUGUCACUCCUUUGCGCAUCUCACCACUGUUCGGGAAGCUCGAAGGCUGUCUAGUCUAUAUGGACGAAGUCCACACUCGCGGGAUUGAUCUGGCAAUUCCCGUUGGUGCACGCGCUGCCGUCACGCUGGGUCCCCGUCUCGUCAAGGAUCGUCUCACACAAGCUUGUAUGCGUCUUCGUCAACUAGGCAAGGGACACAGCUUGUGUUUCAUAGCACCGACCGAGGUUCACAGAAGCAUUUGUGGUAUGAGAAACUGCGCCGACGAUGCAGUUCUGACAUCUUUUGACGUCCUCGCCUGGUCCAUGGAACAAACUUGUCAAGCUUUGGAAAUUGCGAAGCCAUUACGAGCAAUGCAUGGCCUUGAAUAUCUCCGUCAACAGAGAACCAUCGCUCAGCACUUGCCACCUGACUUGCCGUCAAACCGUCUUACACGCAAUAAAGCCAAAGUUAAACGGUUCUGGAAAGAUAUCCAAGAAGAUGAAUCUCGGAGCUUGGAACUCUUGUAUGGCGUGCAAGACGAAAGUAUCGGUAUGCUCCAGCGUCUACUGUGCCGAGGAUCUGACGACCCGAUGAUGCAACACCUUGUAGCGGAGUACGAUUCUAUGAACACAGCUGUCAUCGAGGACUGUAACGUGGACAAUGAACAAGAACGUGAGCUUGCUCAUGAGGUCGAAAGACAAACACAUGUCGAGCGUCCCGGCCCAGCCGCGCCUCUGCAGCAUAUCAUCGACGAAGCAAUGCGUCAGUACAUCAAGAGUGGUACUCGUUCGGACCUCCAUCGCUGUCUACUCAAGCAUGCCUUUAGGAUUUUCGAAGAGACCAGCGUAGCUCAGACGAUGAAACAGCAGGACAUUGAUCCCAGAGCUUUCGGGUUGUAUGCUAGCAAAGACUUCUGCCUUACUGUUCAUCUGACUCAGUCAUCUUCUCGCGACCAGUAUUUGCGUCCGGUCAACUGGGUUCUAAGAAGCACUCAGCACAAUGACCUCCUAGUAGUCAGCCCGUUCGAGGUCAACGAGCUGCUUCCGCAAAUCAAGCAAUCGGAGGCGAUACGCCUUCACACAUUUGCUCCGCGCGUCAACAAAGCCAUGGUUUCUUUCAAUGACCUGCAGUUCUACACCCUCAACGCUAAAUCUCGCGAUGCCAACGCCGCCAGUUUAGGCCCUCUCAAUCUCUUCGCAGGAUCCUUGUAUCUGGACAGCGAGGCCGAGUACGAAGCUCUUCGCGGUAACCUGGGCGUCAAAUCUCGACACCGCCACGCUGAAAACAUUCCUGUGCAAAGCGAUGGCUUUGUGGAGCCCGAGAUCCGCGAGAAGAUUGGCUGGCCUAGGUUUUGUGCCUUCACAAAGUCACCGAUUCCAUUCUUGAAGGAAGUCAUUGCACUUCGCAGAAACGGCCAGGGCUUUGGCCAUACUCACAUGGGUCAUUUGCUCAGCGGUAAAGAAUUGAGAGCUGAUGCCUUU